UUUUCUACGUCUGCGCCCCGCCUCCAGGUGUCAUUUUACUGACCCAUGUGAAGAUGUUUAAAUAGAUAAACCAGUUCAGUGUGUCGAAAAAAGAGUUUGUCUUCAUAAUACAGAAGAAAGCAUCAUGAUCAACUGGCGGGCUCUUGAUAACGUCCCUUUACUGUUGUACAUACUGGCAGCAAAAACACUGCUGCUGUGUUUGGCUUUUGCUGGAGCGAAGAUUUAUCAGAGUAGGAAAGCAGAUGCCGCCCUUAAACAACAGAUGGAAAUGAAGAAAAAACUCGCACAGCAAACGCAAGAAAUCAUUGAUAAUAAGAAGGAUGAUUGACAUGCUGGUCAAGUUAUGAGCAGGAGAGUAUCAGUGUGGCGUGUGAAGACAUCUGUUGUGGCUUCAGCUGUCCAACUCUCAGCUGCUUAUCUGGACAACAUGCUUUACUGAUUUUCAAUACUCAGAUUUUAUUUAUUGCCUCUGAAGUUUGUAAUAAAAAUGUUUUAUAUGUA